AUGGCAGACGAAGAUAUUGCCGUCACGAAAUUCCGUGAAUAUUUACGGAUCAACACCGAACAGCCUACUCCUGACUAUGCCGGCUGUCAGAAAUUUCUUUUCGAUCUAGCUGAUGAGCUCGGGAUUGCGAGAAAGGCAAUUGAGACUGUUCCCGGUAAGCCGUUCGUUAUCAUGACAAUUCCUGGAACGCAACCAGAGUUGAAGUCCAUUGUUCUCUACUCACACACCGAUGUGGUGCCAACUUUUAAGGACCAGUGGAAGUAUGAUCCGUACUCUGCUCACAAGGAUGAGCACGGCAACAUCUACGCCCGAGGAGCACAAGAUAUGAAGUGUGUUGGAUCACAGUAUUUCGAAGCGAUUCGAAGACAUUUCCAGCGUGGGAAGAAGGAAUGGAAAAGAACCAUACAUAUUGUUUGGGCUCCAGACGAAGAAAUAGGAGCGGUGGAUGGCAUGCAGAAGUUUGUGAAAUUGCCAGAAUUCCGACAACUCAACUUGGGUUUCAUGCUUGAUGAAGGUUUAGCAUCCGAGACAUCUGUGUACAAAGUCUACUAUGCAGAACGAAAUCCAUGGUGGGUGAAGAUCACUUGUAGCGGAUCACCUGGCCAUGGCUCAAAGUUUAUAGAGAACACGGCGGCCGAAAAGCUGCAAUCCUUCAUCAACAGCGCUUUGUCGUUCCGAGAGGAGCAACGCUCUCUGUUGAAAAACGACUCCACAAAACGACUGGGUGACGUCAUUACUCUGAAUCUCACGAAAGUCGAAGGUGGUGUACAAGUGAAUGUGCUGCCGGAGAGCUUCACCUUGCUGCUGGACAUACGCAUACCCCCAAUGGCCGAUUUUGAAGAGAUGGAGAAACGUAUAGCAACUUGGUGCACAAACGCUGGACCUGACGUUACCUAUGAGUUCAUUUUGGUGGGUUUGUUAGUCAUGGGAUAA